ACGUUGUAUAACGUUCAGGGGUGCGUUUUCGCGCUAUGACCAGGUCGUUAGGUCGUGUGUUUUCGCAAUGGGGUCACUGGACCAAGCGGUCAUAGGUUCACUGAACCAGUGAACAGAGUUUGAGGUAUGGUUCUGGAUUGUAACCCAAGGUAUUGUGGGAUAGAUGUUGGUGCUCCUGGUGAUGAUGUGUAGCGUCAAGCACAAAGGCUGCAUACAACUGUGGGCUUUGGUGAAAGUGGGGUUUUGAUAUAUAAUCCAGCUGGGCUAAAGCAACUAAAAUAAAUUAUAAUUAAUUAAUAUUGGAACACAUUACAUUGUGUGUACCGUAAAACCUCAAAUAAUUGCUAGGUCUCAAAUAAUCGCUUGUCUCCAAUACACACUGGGUCUGCUGGCAAAUUUUGUAAAUAAAUGCUGAGUCUCUGUCAUUGCCAUUGAAGCUGAGGAAGAUGAGGAGGAGCCUGAGCAUAAUUAACUGCUAAGUGACAGCGAUGAAAGCGACUCUCAGGAUUAAUAAAUAAUAGAAAAUGUCAUUUAAGAUAUGCCUACAUGCAAUGCAUAUUUGUUUAUUGCAGUUAUUACGUUAUUAAGUUUUGAUAAUUUUAAGCGUGCUGAAGUAGGUCAGAUACAAACGUCAUGGUGUGGAGUGGAGUGGGGUGGUUUGUUAAUGUGAGCACACCCAUUAAACUGAAAAUGAUUGUCAGUUUGUUUUAGUAUUAUUAGUAAGGUUUCACAUUACUGUGUGAAAUACAAUUCAAGCACUAGACCUAUAGUCGGUAUAUAUUGCAAUGCAGUCCAACACAUUUGCCUAGAGAUGUCUAGAGAUAUAUUUUGCAUGAUUUAUUGGAAUAGAACUUCUGACAGACAUACCUAUGACAUUAGUCACCAUUAUAUACAUGACCAAUCUGUUGGUUCAUCAAUAACACAGAUAACUGCUGCGACAACAUUUUUAAUGACCAUAUCAGUUUUUGCGUUGCGGUCACUGGUUCUUGGUCAAGCUUAACCCGGUUGUGUUGUGGUCCCCAAGCUUGCGAUUCAGACGUCAGAAAAACUUCCAUAUACAACAUUAUUCUGACCAAUAUAGAACGUCGGAAUCUGGCGUCAACACAACGUCACUGCAACCAACUUUGCCCACUGGAAAUCUGGUUUUGACUACGGGAACAAACUGAAAAGCACAAGCAUAGGUUUGAUAAGACAACAUCCGGCUGCAGCAUGGCGGAAAGCUUGAGGUGACAAAAAAUGGAUGUAUAAUUUCAGUGGCUGUAAAUCAUAUUAUAAUCUGAAAAUAAUCAUAAAGAAUUUGAAGUUUAUUCAUUUGUUAGCUGUAUAUUGAACUGAAUAUUAAACCCACAAUGGAAAAUCUGGCUCAGGAUAAAGAGUGCAUACAGGAUGGAGGUACCAUAAAUUCAGUGGAAGAAAAGCCAACGGAAGCAUUUGAGAAAGCCACAAGGAAUAUUCCUGAAGGACAUGAUGGUAGUUCUGCCUCCUGCAGUGGAGUGGGUGAUGCAGAGAGAGAUGAGAAUGCAUUGCAGAACAAAGAGCCUAAUAAGAGAAAACGUGAACCAGAAGAUAACCAAGCAGUCAAGAGGCUACAUUCAGAGGAGGGCCAUGGCCAGAAGGUAGCUACACAUUAUAACACUCUUCAAGAAUGUGGACUGGCAGCCCGCAGCCAGAGUCGAAUCUUUUACCUGCGCAACUUCAACAAUUGGCUUAAAAGUGUUCUUAUUGGGGAAAUUCUGGAGAAGGUGAAACAGAAGAGACGGGAUGUGGGUGUUUUAGAUUUGGGCUGUGGAAAAGGAGGGGAUUUGUUGAAGUGGAAAAAAGGAAGAAUCAGUAAACUUGUAUGUGCAGAUAUUGCUGCUGUAUCUGUGGAACAGUGUCAGCAGCGUUACAGUGACAUGAAGACUAGAGACCGACAUAAUGAUUGUAUCUUUUCUGCUGAAUUUGUUUCUGCCGACUGUACCAAGGAGCUUCUAGCAGAUAAACUAAAAGAUCCUGAGAUGUACUUUGAUAUCUGCAGCUGUCAGUUUGUCUACCACUAUUCCUUUGAGACACAGGAGCAGGCAGACAUGAUGCUUCGGAAUGCCUGUGAGAGGCUGCGACCCGGUGGUUAUUUCAUUGGCACAACACCCAAUGCCUUUGAACUUGUAAAGCGUCUUGAGGCAUCAGAGACCAAUUCUUUUGGGAAUGAGGUCUAUAGAGUUACAUUUCAGAAGAAAGGGGAAUAUCCACUGUUCGGAUGCCAGUAUGACUUUAACCUUGAAGGAGUGGUCAAUGUCCCUGAGUUCCUUGUUUACUUCCCGUUAUUUGAAGAGAUGGCAAAGAAGUAUAACAUGAAACUUGUCUUUAAAAAGACUUUCCGUGAAUUUUUCGAAGAGAAGAUUCAGAUUGAGGAGCACAAAAUGCUGAUGAGAAGGAUGCAGGCCUUAGAGCCAUACCCGGCAGAUGACAGAUCCAAGCUGGUAUCAGAUAACUUGGAAGAGUAUGAGCAUGUACAGCGAUACAUAAAGGGUUGUCAAGCAAAGAUGCCUCUGGGAACGUUAAGCAAAUCAGAAUGGGAUGCUACAAGUAUAUACCUGGUUUUUGCUUUUGAAAAGAUGUCAUGAAGAACACAAGUACAGCACUGAUCUUUUGUCUAAAUUCGCAACUGACUGAAAUAAAGGACUUUUUUUUUUUUUUUUUUUUUUUAAAUAGCUUUUUGUCAGUCAUGGGUAACCCGACGGGUGAAUUUAAAUAUCCUGCUCAAGAAUGGUGACCUCCAUUGUUUUGUCUGCUGUAUUAAAGACUCAUUAUGUAAACUGUCUUAGAUAUACAGUAUGUGUUAAGGUGUCAUGUCAUUAAAUUUUGUUUUCAUCAA